AUAAAACGCAUUUGACAUUGAUAUUGCAAUUUAUUAUGAUGCCGUUACGAUGUUGUUCCUUUAUCAGAUUUAUAUCGACAUGAAAAACAUAAUAUGUGCUCAUAAUGAUCUGAUAUGCAGAAUAUCCCAAUUUUUUUACCCUGGUCGCCUCCAGACAGUCGACCGCCGACUGCUGAUAUUCCACAAAACUCCCGAGACAAGACACUCAGUGCCGUUCACUAAGACUCUCGUCUAAUGGGUCUAACAAUAUCUCCUUAGAAGCCAGCACUGGAUAAUAUGGGUACCUGUAUUGACUGUAAGCAAAGAAAGCCAAAACUAUGAUUAUCCAGUUCAGAAUUAUAGCCUACAAUGACAUGUACAUGUAGGUAGAUGGGGAGUGAUUAAUUCCAGGAGUACAUGUACAGGAGACAGUGGCUUCAUCACAAUCCACUCACACAAAAUGACAGCGGACCAGCAGCCUUCUAGUCCGCAGAAUUCUGGAGUUGGUGUAUCUGUACGCCCAAGUCAUCGAUCAUAUAGGGCCUAUGUACGCCAGCAGCAGAAUCUCGUUGUGAAGGAGGAGGAUUUAGGCAGUCCUCGAUUAUGGCGUCAGAUGACAUGUGGAUUUGUGUGUGCAGCAUGUGUUGGACUGUGCAUGUUGACAGUGGGCAGUGUAUUUAUUGCUGAGGCUAUACACUCCAAGUAUUCCAUCACCAUCAUGUUAUGUGUCAUGGGAAUGGUUUGUGGUCUUAUCAUAUUGGUUGGAACAUUAAUCCUGGGAAAACUUUGGAUAUCAAGAAAAUGGCGGAUAGCCCACGGCCAGCAACCCUCGCAACACCCGCCACAGCAGUGUUUUCACACCUGUUCAGUGAUCAACACACCUUCCCAGGACCAGCUGGCCUACACCAGUGAUCCUCCUCCAGCCUACGAGACCAUCAUGAUGACUGACCUGCCCCCUGGGGUCAUUUCCCCCGUCCAUCCCCCAGACACCGAGCCAUCCACCUCCCAGGGGGUGACCAGGUAUCAAGUGAAAGCUGUUAUGGCGCUCCCUCCAAAAUAUAGCGACGUAGCAGCUCCACUGCCGUCGUAUGGCGAACAAGUUUAAAGUCAGUGUCACCAGAAACCAAAAUAAUGGAACCCGCCAAACGUUCUUAUCAGAGAUAUGUACUAGGUAUAUGCUUGGGUGUUCAGUAAAUAGAUGAUUUGUUUUGCUGUAUUUUUCAUCUGAUGUAAAACUUUUGUGGCUUAGAGGUUAGAGAGAAAACUAUGUGAUAUGUUAAUAUCAGGUUGAGAUGUUAAACAAGAAAAAAAAGUACAUCACAGUGAUUCAUAUAGGUACAUGUUAUAGAAAUUACAUGUUUACCUGUUCAAUAAUUAAAAAGUCCCAUCAAUCGUUUAAAAAAAAAAUCAUACCCGAAAAUGUCCUCUCAUUGUGAAAUCAUUACAUGUAAUAUCAAAAGGGAACAUUUUUUAUGAAUUGAAAUUUGAAGGCCAACAAAAUCUUUGAACCAUGUCACUGAAAUUUAAUGUUUGUCAUCACAUAACAAAAGCACUCUCCCGUAUAUUGUUCACAUGUAAUAGUGUUAUAACACUGACCUCACAUAGCUCUGGUUGUGACCUCAUAACAAUUAGGAUCAUGUACCAUCAUGUAAGGUACAGUAUCAUUACACCAUAAUACAUACAAUCAUGUGACAUCAUGAUAUAUUUAGAUAUGAUCAUAUGACAUUGAAAAUGACAUCAUGUGACACCAUGAUGGAGGCGAUGAACAAUAUAACAUCAUGAUAUAUUUAGAUAUGAUGAUG